AUGGUCCACCGACCAGAUGGCACCAAGCCGCACCAGGCACACUCGCGCCUGCUGCCACUGCUGCUGGCCUCCUCGCUGCCGGCAGCGCUGCUGUGGCUGUGGCUGCGCGUUGGAGCCGGGGCCUGCUCGACUCUGGCGCUGUACGGCACGUACCGCCUGGCCCAGCGCAUGCGUCCCGGCGGGGACAAGAUGGUCGCCUUCACCCGCAUCCUGCACCGCACAACAGACGAUGCGCUGUCGCCCUGCGUGCCCACCUUCCGAGCAGACCCGCUGCACCCGGGGUGCGACGGCGGCGUGCCAGGGAGGUCAGGGCGGUGCCGGUAUGUCGUGGCGGACCGCCCCGGCGCGGUGCGCCAGUUCUUUCAGGCAGCCCAGCUGGACCCGACGCUGAUCAAGGGCGCCUGGGCGUACCUCAUAGAGACCGACUUCCUGUUUGUGAAGCCAGUGCUGGCGCCGGGCCCUGCGGAGUCGUCGGUUCGCUCCCUGGGCUUCUGGUACUCGUACGUGUAUGCAGACGCCAAGGUUUUCAAGAGCUUCAUGCCGCGCUUCUACCCGCCGGGCCUGGGCCCGCUGUCGGAGGUGCCGCGCACGGGGCCCUCACCUGUGAUGGCUCGUGUGGCCGAGUGGCUGCGGGUGCUGCCCCGCUGGGAAGCUUACUCAGCACAGAUAGAGGCGGACGCGGAGGCCUCCAAGCGGCUGGGCUGGGUGCGGGAGAUGUAUGCCUUCUCGCUGGCGGUGGCGGUGGAGCGGCUGGAUCUGGAUCUGGGGCAGAGCGGCAACAGCACCCUCAUCAUUCAGCCGCCAGUGGACCUGCGCCUGGGCAGGGCCACGCAGAUCCACUACACCUGGGGCCCCAAGCUGAAGGAGGGGGGGAACGACACCGAGUUCUGGCGCUUUGAGAAGCGGGACUGGACGCAGCAGCGGUUCGAGGACACGGCGCCCCCGGUGCCGCUGCCGCCGCCGUGGCACCCCGGCUGGCGCACGCCAUCGGCGCGUGUGGGUCGCAAGGGGGCCCCCACCUCCCAGGAGGACUACGAGCUCAUACUGCUGGAGGUGAACACAUUCAACAGGGGGCUGGAGGAGGUGGGCGGGUCGCAGUGGAGGGAGGUGCUGGGCAGGGAGGCGGCGGCGGCGGCGGCGGUUGCGCGGAAGAAGCGGGGCGGCGGUUGA